CGAUGAGAGACCACAUCACCAAAAGCAAUCCAGUCUCCAGGCUUUUAACAAGUCUGCUUCCUCCUCCUACGCAAAAAGCAGUUUUAUCAUUGCACGAAUUAUAAAUACGUCUUCUUACAUCUCGUCGCUAACUCGAAAUUACCAAGCAAACCAACCCACCAAGUGAGAGCUAUUCAUCUCAUCUCCCUUUCAACGAACGAGGGGGAUUUUAUUUAAUGGUAUUACGAUACCAACAUACCAUACAAGGCAUAUAUAUCUCUGGUAAUCUGACAAAAGUUACAGUCGUUCGUGUAGCUCACAUAGGUUGACGUGGUUCAUUAAGUUCCUACAUAAGUUGUGGUGGAUACAUGUUACGUUUGCCGUAUUGUAAGGAAGAGGCAGGAGAAAAAUUCUGACCUGGUUGGUGGUUUGGUCUGGUAACAAAAGAGAAGUGCUGUUCAGUUUGGUGAAAGAUACGGUUACAGAAACAUCACAGAAAGCUCGAGAAAAAACAGUGUAGAUUCAGAAAAAUACGAGAAAUUUCGACAAAGCAAAAUGCCUAACUGUCCCAAGUGUGAGAAACCUGUGUAUUUCGCUGAGCGAAAGUCAUCCCUCGGCAAGGAUUGGCAUUCCGCAUGUUUGAGAUGCGAGCGGUGCAAUAAAACUUUAACACCGGGAUCCCACGCUGAGCACGAUAACAAACCUUACUGCAAUCGACCAUGCUACGCGGUCCUAUUCGGUCCCACAGGAUACGGUCGUGGCGGUGUGGCUGAAAGUUUCGUGUACAACAGCUCCCCCUCAGCCAACGCUCCCCCAGCUGCGCCACAAGUCGUGGCACAAGCACAGCCACAAGCCACCAACUAAAACAUGAUUAAAAAACAGCAAAAUUCGAAAUUAUUAAUCCGUUUAGCUUUUCAGUUAGACACUUUCUCUCUCUCUCUUUGUUGUUGUACAGUAUUAUAAAUAUCUAAAUGUUUCUCGAUAAGUACAUACAUACGUUAUCUAAUUACUUAUAUAGAUAAGUAAUCCUAACUACAACAUGGAUAUCGGGCCGGGCGGGUUAUCACUUAGCGGGUAGUAUAUCACAUCAUUCUCGUAAAUAUUUACAUACAUGUAUCUCUAACGUUCCAUUCCAUUUAUCAACGACUGGAAAUUGCAUUUCGUAUUAUCAAACAUUUCAUUCUUCUCUUGUCGUCAUUCCAAGAUGAAAUUCUCUUACCACCUUGAAUAAUAUUCUAGUUUGUUGUAUGCAUUUUAUAUAAUUUUUUCACACCACUAAACAAGCGCGGUUGACCACUUAUCAAGAAAAAAGAAGGCUAUAAAAUAAUUGAAAAAUACAAUAAAAUCUUGGCUCAGGCGCAGGCACGAACGAUGAUAAUAUCCUCGAGUGGUGUUACUCUUGUUGUGGAGAAAGAUCAGAAAACCAGUAAUUCAAGUGACCACAUAGAUACCUAAAAGUUAUUCCUUUAAUAAUAAUGACAAUGGACAAGCAGGCAGGUAGGAUUCGAUAGAUAGUUGAUUUAUUUAAUGGGCGGUAUCCACCAUGUAGCCAUAAGGUUGCCAUUUAUUAUCUAUUAUCAUUGCUUGAGCUGUUACACAACGAUGAGAAGACGGGUAUGCAACCGGUUAAUCGAUAAGUUGUUCUUGAAUUGUUGAAAUGAAAAUGAAGAUCAGGUCCAUCAUUCAAUUUCCUGUCUUUUUUUCUUCUCGCAAUGAUAAUAACAUCCUUCCUUCCUGCACAGCUAUCUAUCUUGUUAGCCAGGAAUGUUCAUUCUGUGGUGAAGAGAUCAAGGAAUUCAAUCAAUUUAUCAAGUUAUGAUUGAAAAAAGAAAUUGUAGAAAUGAGUGUAAUUGCGAAACGCAAGCAGCUUGUUGGAAGGUAAUUACUUAUUAUUAUCCUUCUUGCUACAAAUGAUUGAUCUUGAUUUGCCACAAAAAAAUCCAUUUAGCAUUAAUAAUUCUUUAUUAUAAGUGCCGGUAGUUGUGAGUGAGAGAGGGAAAAAUGGUGGUUAAUUAAAUAUUUUAAGGUUUUGUGUGUCUGCUAAAGAGAAAAUUUAAGGAUCUUUACUUGUCAAGUAGUUGACUUGUUAAAUAGUUGAUGCAAAUUGUUAUGGGACUCGUUGUAUGAAAUGGUAAAUAAUUAUGACUAAAUUCACUUUCUGUAGAAGUUGUUGAAAUAUUAAAUCUUUUCGAGAAAUCAUUUUUAAAUUACUAAUUUAUGCUGAUUAGAUGAUGCCAACUGUCUUUGAUACAUGGUUGUUGAAAGGUUUGCUGUAUUGUUAUUGUUGUUUGGUAGAAAUUUAUUAGUGUUAUUGUUGCAAAAGGUAAAUGAAAGUAAGGGAACGAAUGUGUCUUUAUGAAAUCAAUCAAUUGAACCAAUUACCUGUAGUUUGAUAACUUAUACCUGAAAAUGUUUAUUGAAUCGAAAUUGAGAUAUUUUCAUGAAAUUUGGCCGACAGACUGAUAAAAAACACUGAAAUUAUAAUAUUUUACCUCGUGUCAUUUUAAAUAAAUAUUUUUCUGGAAAAAAUGUUAGAGAAAUGUAAUAGAUUUAAAUAAUUACUCUCUCUCUCUAUUCUCAAAGUGACAAAUUAAAAGUACGUAUCUAAAUAACUUCUAUUUAGCUAAAGUAAUGGUCUAAACUGUUGUGAAAUGAACAUCAAGAUUUGGAUCCCAUCACUGAUUGUAUGCAGGAAUUUAAAUAAUGGUAUGUACCAUAAUCAGUAUAUACAUAUUUAGUAAAUGUAAUUAGAGUUGUCAUUAGAUUAGUAAUUAACAUCAUCAUCCCUUUAUAAUGAUAGUUUAGUGGUAGUACUACAUCAACUGUAUGAGUAAUUAUAUUCCAAUGAAUAAAAAUGGUGUGACGUAAUAAUCAA